AUGUCCCUAGGAGCUCACAGUGACGCUUCGUGGUGCAAGAAUUUCACUCUGACCAUGAUAGGGCUGGCUCAGACUUGGUUUCAGUGCCUCCCUAGGGGUUCUGUCAAUAGUUUUGAUGAUCUGGCAGCAAGGUUCAUGAGUCAAUAUGCACCAUUCGUGAGACGACCAAAGCAGUCCAUCGAAAUGAUGAAAUGUAGACAGAGGAAAAAAGAAUCACUCAACGAGUACAUUGCGCGAUUCAACACCGAAUGCUUAACAAUCACUAAGCUUGAAAAUUCCAUCAUUCUCCUGGCCUUUAGGUCAAGAUUGAAUGAUGAAAGAUCUAACAGCAGGAGAUUCAAAGAAGAUGAUGGUUGGAUAAACAUUCACAACAUGGAUGAUGUAAGAGAAAGGGCUGAAAGAUUCACAGCCUCAGAGAAUUUUAGACAUAUUGCUACUGGUCUCAGAGGAGAAAGACACGAGAAAAGAAACCACAGCAACCACAACAACAACAAUCAUAGCAACAACAGGGAGUCCCACCCUGGUCGCCCUUAG